AUGCUCGAUGUUGUGAACCACCAGCGCGCGACUGCAGGAUUGCCGGCGCUUUGCCUUAACCAGAAGCUGCACGCGUCGUCCCAGCGGCACUCGAACGACAUGGCCGCGCACGAUUUCAUGGACCACAUUGGCACGGACGGCUCGCGCAUGUCGCAGCGCAUCACGGACGCCGGGUACGAGUGGGAGUCUGUGGCCGAGAACGUGGCCGUGGGCCACGUUGACGUCGCUGACGUGAUGGUCGGGUGGAUCAACUCGCCCGAGCACUUGGAGAACAUCAUGGGCGACUACACGAUGUUUGGCUCGGCCUACGCGUUCAAUCUGGCCGGCAAGAACCAGCACUACUGGACGCAGAACUUUGGCACGGGGGAAACCGAAGCCUGCGACCCCUUGGUCACGAACGCGGCAACGACCGUGCGACAAGGGGCGACUCAGCACGUCGAGCAGCAGGUGCAGACGACGACCAGGACGGUCGGAGCUCCGACUCCAAUGAGGGUCCCGAACGUCCCGAACGUUCCAGCUCCAGCUCCAGCUCUUGCUCCAGUUCCAGCUCCAGCUCCUGCUCCUGCUCCUGCUCCAGUUCCAGCUCCAGCUCCUGCUCCUGCUCCUGCUCCAGUUCCUGCUCCAGCUCCAGUUCUUGCUCCAGUUCCAGUUCCAGCUUCAGUUCCUGCUCCAGCACCAGCUCCGGUUCCAGCCCCUGCACCACCUGCACCGCCUGCACCAGCGACUCGGAUGACAUCCCGUGUGGCUCCGAAAGGAUCUCGAUCUCUACCGGGGACUCUGGGGGGGCUGCUUUCGGGCUAUAACGUGCCGGUGACGUACGGGUCGAUGCCGUUGGCGGAAGUGCUUCCACCAACGACUGGACCGGACAGAGCUGUUGAACCAGACUGUCAGUCGCACUUCUGA